AUGGAUGAAAUUGCGAAUACAGAUCAGACGUUUAAUCCGGCAGUUAUGCCAAUGGACGGGAAGGUAGCGACGAACGGUGGCAGUAACAAAGUGAGUAGCAGUUUGAACGCUGCGGCAUCCCCCGCUGUGGUGGGAGCAAUGGACAACCCUGUUGUCAGCCCUAUGAAUAGCACCAUUGUCAACCCGAUGAACAACAACAUUAUCAACGCAGUGGGCACUGCAAGGACGAACAGCUUGAACGGCAUGAGCAAUAUCGUUGGAAAAGGUAACAGCAACAAGGGUGGCAGCAACAGCAGCGGAACAAACAUGGGACCGAUGAAGAGCUCACCAAGUAAUGAUCCCAGCAUUUUAGCUAACAAUUUGGUUAACACUGUGGUGAACACCGUGGUGAACACUUUGGCGAGUAGUGCCGUGGUGAAUACCAUGUCGAGUGGCAACCACAGCGGUGCCAACCUGGGGAAUAAUAACCCUGUGACCAGUGGAAGCAACAAGAACCCCCCAGCAAAAGGCCCACCAACCCAGCCUGGAACGGGCGAAGUAGUAAUAAAGAAAAAGGUAGGAAGACCCAAAGGAACGACUUCAGCAAAUAAAGUCAUAAAAAAGGAAGAAAAGGUUUCGACGUCUUCGUCCGGCUACCCAGGGGUCAGUUGGAACAAAAGGAUGUGUGCCUGGCUAGCUUUUUUCUAUGAUGGUGCAUCUAGAAGAAGUAGGACUUUUCACCCCAAGCACUUUAACAUGGACAAGGAAAAGGCUCGACUAGCAGCAGUAGAAUUUAUGAAAUCGUUAGAAAAUAACGGUAGAAAAAAAUCAACAAAAAAUAAAACAGAUAGGAAUAAAACGAAGCAAUUAAAUGAAGAAAUGAUACCAGGGAUGUUGAAUAACGACGUGGCAAACAGCUUAAAUAGCAGAGCCCCCAAUGGUACUCCAAUACCGAUGCAAUUAAUGUCAUUAAAUCGAGGAUACUAUAUGCAGAACAUGAAUAGAAAUUUCAACCUGUCAGGGAUGUCCCCAAAUGAUAGAAGUGGUAUGAGCAAUACGUACAACUCGUUAAGUAAUACGUCAAAUUUAGGAGGCAUGGCCCAAAACAUGCAAGACCAAGGAGUAGGAGGUGUAGGAGGUGUAGGAAGUGGCAAUGCAGGAAAUGCUGCCGCCGGGGGUGGAAACGUAAACUUCGUUGAUAGAAAUCUCAGCAGUAACAAUGCUGGCAGUGAGCUUCUAAAAAUGGAAGACAAUUUAGGGUUACACAAUAAAGACGUGGAAGGCUUAAUGAAUGCACUUUUUAGACAAAAUUAUAAUAUGAAUAUGGGCAUGGCCAACAUGGAUAAGCAUCAAUACCUGCACAGUAGUGGGAAGAACAAUGGCACAGGGCAAGGGGGCAUGAAGGCAUCGUCUAACAGUCCCAAUGGAGUAGUUAACAAUGCCAACGGUGUGAAUAACACUAAUGGGGUGAACCCUAUUGGGAAUAGUAACCUUCCCAACAGUAACACUGCGUCCAAUUCGAUGAACGGGAAUGCCUCCCCAGGUCCUCAUUUAUAUUUGGCCAAUCAUGGUGCUGGUGAUGUGUUUGAAAAUGGGAACGAGUCAACUAAUGGGGUAAGCAUGGCCAACAUGGCCAACGUGGCCAACGUGGCAAACGUGGCCAACCUACCCAAUAUGGCCAACAUGGCCAACAUGGCUAACAUGGCGAACAUGGCCAUGACUAAUAUGGGCAAUCUACCCAACAUGGUCAAUCUGCCUAAUAUGGCUAACAUCCCUAACAUGGGCAACCCACCCAACAUGGGGAACCUACCUAAUAUGGGAAACUUGGCAAAUUAUUAUGACUACAAUUUUGAUCCGUAUCGAGGGAGCAUUUCUCCUCAUUUGAUCGAGAUGGUGCACCGGUUAAACAACGACAUGAAAGAUGGUAGUAAGAGUGGUGGAGUAGCUGGAGGAGAUGGGAGAAGUGACGAGAUGAAUGAAUUAAAUUUCUGUUCCACGGAUAACAAUGCAGCUUGGAUUAACCAACUGAAGCAUUCUCACAAUAACCUCUGCAACAAUUUAAACAGCAAUCCUUGUGAUUUAUGUGAUACUAGCAGUGCCUCUCCUGAACCCAAUAUGGCUAAGAAGAUAGACAUGGGUAACCGGAAAAAAGGAGGCAAUAAUAUGUUGAGCAUGUCUAAUAGGAAGAGCGAGAUGGUGGACCCUGGUGCCACUGCAGCUGCACACCAUGUCAGCGGUGAUGGUACUGGCGGAGCAAACGGAAGCGGUAACGCAAGCGGGAAUGUUGGCGGGAACAGCAAUGGAAACAGCGGUAAUGCUAACUUCGACAUGAAAAAUAAUUCUCCUUGCGAGUGUGCGCCACAUCUGAGGAAUCAGAAGAAGCACUACUGCAUGUAUUACAACUCAGCGAAUUCGAACCCCACGAACGACGGCAGUUACAAUUUUAUGGCACCAUGGAAUGGUACUAACCCUAACUCCAGCAACACUCGAAUGAAUGGCUUGGACAGUAAUAAUGAAAACUCUAUUGAUAGCAACCACCUUGCCGCUAAUGGAGCUUCGAAUAGUAAUGCCCUAAACAUGGGAAACCCUAACGGUGGUGUCGUCCUUUGCAUGUCAACAAAUAAUAACCAGGUUAAUUCUCUUGCACAAAAUGCAACCCAUCUGCCAGGGAAUAUGGAAAUGAAUCCUAAACAGGGUUCCCAUCCUUCAUCUGCUUUUUCUGGAACACCUAAUAUACAAGACAUAAAGAAGCAGUUGCAUUUUCAGAGCCAGUCAGGUAUCGGUACAUCUGCUUCAGAUUUACAUAAUGCAUUACAAAUGGCCAAGCAGACGAAUAACUUUGCGCAAAAGGGUCUUACCAGUAGUAACAGUAAUGGUGGCACGAACAACAACGUCAGUGGUGGUAGCAGUAGUGCAGGCUCAAAUUCCAUUAGUGCUACUGCGAAUGGAACGACUGCGCAUAAGAAAAGGGGACCAAAGGACAGUCGGAAGGCCUUAUUACCCCCGUCGGCGGUGGCACCAGCGGCAGGGGUAGCAGCGGUGGGAGCGGUAGCAGCAGUAGGAGCAACCGCGGGGGUAGCGGCGGCGGCGGGAUCUUCGCAUGCUAUGAACACGCAGCCGGCGCAGAACGGGAAAAAAAACGCGAUGAACCUGAAUUUCGCUGACCAUAACAGUUUAUGUAGCAAGCUGAAUAGCAUAAUCAAUUUCGAGUGGCGGAGCUCCGACGCGAAGACGCAUCCGAAUAGAAAUAAGCAGGGCGCAUUCGAGAACGGAGAUACGUAA